AUGAUUCCUAGAUUAAGGCUGGCUGCUAGUCAUGCAGUGCGAGUGUCUACCUAUGCUGGAACGAGGAGGCUACCGAUACUAGCUCAAACUUUUGCUACCAGCGUCACCAGGAAACAAGCAUCUGAAGCACCAAGCAGUUCUAGCAAGCCCAGUGCAUCUGCAUUGAAAAUAUUCCCUCCUCUGAGUUCAGCAGAGGCCUUUUUAUCUGGAUCUGCCGCCAACUAUGUUGCUGAAAUGUACACUUCCUGGUUGCAUGACCCAAAAUCGGUGCACAUCUCGUGGCAAGUCUACUUUAGAAACAUCUUGUCGGCUGAACCGGGAUCGCCAUUUAUUCCGCCACCUACUAUAUCGUCGGCCUCUACUGCUGCUGCCUUCUCGCUCCCUUCGAGCCUCUCAGGUGGUGUCACCACUCCACUCUCAGUAAACCUCGAUGAGGUUAUUGGCGAUGCUAUCUUGGAACCUGAAGAUUUCGAAAAGGUUCCUGCUUCUGAGGUCAUGGAUCACAUGAAGGUCCAACUUAUGGUCCGCGCUUACCAGGUGCGAGGUCAUCAACUGGCACAUCUAGAUCCAUUGGGUAUUAGCGGCACAAAUCCAUCAGAUGCUCCUGAAUUGGACUACAAGUUCUAUGGUUUUACUGAAGCUGAUCUCAAACGACAAUUCUUUCUUGGUUUGGGUAUUCUACCAUGGUUUUUGCAGAACGAGGGAAGGAAGAGCAUGAGUCUUCAAGAGAUGAUCGAUCGUCUCCGAAAGACUUACUGUGGCUCGAUUGGUGUAGAAUACUCUCAUAUACCCGACCGUCGUCAAUGCGAUUGGCUACGUCAAAGGCUCGAAGUCCCAACACCAUUUGAAUAUACCAAAGCAGAAAAGACCGUCAUUCUAGAUAGAUUACUAUGGGCCCAUCAAUUCGAACGCUUCGUAGCUGCCAAAUACCCAUCAGAAAAGCGAUUCGGAUUAGAAGGUUGUGAAGCCUUGAUUCCUGGAAUGAAGUCCAUGAUCGACAAUUCAGUCGAAUUGGGUAUCGAAACCAUAGUAAUGGGCAUGCCACAUCGAGGCCGAUUGAAUGUACUAUGUAAUGUAGUCCGAAAGCCAUUGGAAUCCAUAUUUACCGAGUUCUCGCAUUCCGCUGAAUCUACCGUCGAAGGAUCUGGUGAUGUGAAAUAUCACUUGGGUAUGAACUUUGAUCGUCCAACACCAUCUGGUAAACGUGUCCAUCUAUCAUUGGCUGCCAAUCCAUCGCAUCUAGAAGCAGUCAAUCCAGUAGUACAGGGCAAAGUCCGUGCCACUCAAUUCUACGAUAACGACGAAGCACUACGAAAGAAAUCGAUGGCAGUAUUGAUGCACGGUGAUGCUGCUUUUGCUGGACAGGGUAUUGUCUAUGAAACCUUGGGCAUGAGUGACUUGCCAUUUUAUACUACAGGUGGAUCCAUUCAUAUUAUUGUAAACAAUCAAAUCGGUUUCACCACCGACCCUCGAUUCUCACGAUCAACACCAUAUUGUUCUGAUGUCGCCAAAACUGUAUCUGCUCCCAUCUUCCACGUUAACGCUGAUGAUACCGAAGCUGUAGUGUAUUGUAUGGAAUUGGCGUCUGAAUGGCGUGCCAAAUUCAAAAAGGAUGUCGUACUGGAUUUGGUCUGUUAUCGAAAACACGGUCACAAUGAAACUGAUCAACCUCAAUUCACUCAACCAACUAUGUACAAGCGUAUCGCUCAAAUGAGGCCUACAUUGGAUUUGUAUACCGACAAGUUGAUUGCUGAAGGAACAUUCACUGCUGCUGAAAUCAAAGCCAUGACUGAAAAUGUGUGGAACAUAUUAGAAGACAAGUACAAACAAUCCAAAGACUACAAGCCUUCGAACUCUGACUGGGUUUCAUCUGCUUGGCAUGGAUUCAAAUCACCACAAGAGUUGGCUGCCUCUACCGUCCAACCACGAUUUACUGGUACUGAAUUAGAAGUAUUGCGAAACAUCGGUGUUGCCGCAUCAUCCUAUCCAAAAGACUUUGCAAUACACCCUAACUUGGCUCGUAUUCUACGAGCUCGAGAAAAGAAUCUGAGCGAUGGUGAAGGUAUCGAUUGGGCUACCGCAGAAAGUAUGGCUUUUGGUACAUUGUUGGGUGAAGGCAACCAUGUUCGAUUAUCUGGUCAAGAUGUUGAACGUGGUACCUUCUCUCAUCGUCAUGCAGUCUUGCAUGAUCAGAAAUCUGAUUCGACUCAUGUCCCAUUGAACAAUUUGGUCGCUGCUGGUGCUGCCAAGAGCGCUAGUCCAUUCAUUGUCUGUAACUCCAGUUUGAGUGAAUUUGGUGUAUUGGGCUUUGAAUUGGGUUAUUCUAUGAUUGAUCCUGCUCAGUUGGUGUUGUGGGAAGCUCAGUUCGGUGACUUUGCCAAUACUGCACAAUGUAUCAUUGAUCAAUUUAUUGCUGGUGGAGAGCAAAAAUGGUUGCAGAGAACUGGAUUGACAUUACUCUUACCUCAUGGGUACGAUGGACAAGGUCCAGAACACUCUUCAGCUCGUAUUGAACGAUUCCUGUCACUGGUGGAUGAAGAUCCAUACAUGCUACCUCCAACAGAUCGAAUGGAUAAAGGGUCAUAUGCCCGUCAACACCAAGAUUGUAACAUGCAAGUCGUCUAUCCAUCUGUUCCAUCCAACUACUUCCAUGUAUUGAGGAGACAAGUUCACCGUGAUUUCAGGAAGCCUUUGAUUGUUUUCGAAUCCAAAGCUCUACUCCGUCACCCACUCGCCAAAUCCCAUCUAGCUGAAAUGGGUCCCGAAACUCGCUUCCAACGUAUAAUUCCGGAAGUCCUUCAUCCAAACCCCUUAGAAGGAAUGCAACUAUGUCCACCACCGCCUGAUGCAACAUCGCCAGUAGCAUGGUCUGGAAAUAACGCUGAGCCACGUAUUCCAUAUGCCCUACAAAAAACAACCGAUAAUUUUGCCCUCUCACCACCGUCUGAAACGAAAACACUAAUUUUCUGUUCCGGACAAGUAUAUUAUCUAUUGUAUAAGGCACGAGCAUUGAACCGGUUAAAGGAUGUGGCUAUUGUUCGUAUAGAACAGCUGGCGCCAUUCCCGUUCUGGGAAGUAGUCAAGAUUGUAGACAUGUAUUCCAACAAGUUGCAGGAAGUUGUAUGGUGUCAAGAAGAAGCCAUGAACAGUGGCGCUUGGUCGCAUGUGCAACCGAGGUUGGAGACUGCUAUUGCCAAGUCCAAGUGGUGGGAGAAUGGAGGUGCCAGGAAAGCUGAAGACAAUCUGCACAAGAGCAGGUUCCCAGGCGGUCUAGCCAAUGCCAGUGAUCGACAUGGCCGAGUCAAAGAAUCGACAUCUAUUCGUGGAUCACGAACGAUUCGAUACGCUGGACGUGAUCCAGCAGCAGCUCCUGCAACUGGAUUUAAAACCCAACACGACUUUGAAGAACGAAUGCUAGUAGCUGAAGCCCUAAUGGGUGGCAAAUUACUGAAACCUAAAGAUAUCGUUGAUAAGGUGCCUCUCUUUGUUUGA